UCUAUCGAUAGAUAAUAACAGGCGUGCUCAGUCGAUGUCAAGUAGUCUAGAACGAACUGUCGAUUAAGAGAUAAUGUAGCACAGGUUGCUGAUUAAAGACUAUUAAUAAUUGACAAAAAAAGACAACAAUUUGAGUGUUGAGUGCAGUGACUACAUUUUUUUAAAUAUUUAAUUCAGGUAUUUCACAGAGGAUUCAUUGUUUCAAGUGCUUGUUUCUGCAACUGAAUGUACCGGGAACCGAAAACUUCUUAUUAAAAUAGUUUGUGGCUGAUAAUCAAGGUUCCAGUAUCAUAAACUAUUCAGUCUAGAUUAGGGGCUGUUGCGUACGACGUCUAUUAUCGUUGGUAUAUCAGAAAGCAAAUAAUCCGCAAAUGAUGAGAAUUUCUUGUUAAAGUAAUUUCCCGCACUGAAAAUUGUGCACCUUGUGGCAAAAUCACGCUUAACUUAGUGCGCCAUUCAUUCAAAUUAACCAACAGCAUCGCACACGCUCAAACUCAAUGACGAAUUCCGAAUCAAAGUCGUAAAAUUUGUUUUAGACAACAACGAAGCUGCGCCAAAUUAUCAUCUACUCAUUGUAAGACAACGACUUAAAUGAAGGCGAGACGCUUUAAAUAGCGCAUUUCUUUCAAACUCAGCUAUCCCAUUCAGUCAGCUAUCAGCCUCCAGAAAUAGCACUUGUAAAUCAAAGUUUUUUGAACCAAUUAGAACGGAAAUACCUAAUUAAGUAGAUAUUCCAGGUAUUUUUAAAACAAAAGGAACAAAACAAAAGGUGGUUCAUUGGCGCUCAUGAUAGAUAACGCGUGUGGCUGCGGUUCUUUUUUCGUCAAAGAUAUUUGCUUCUGAUCGCCCGCAUUGGUGCAGUUUUUGUUAAUCCARCUAACGCGYUUUUGUGCCMAGUGAAUGGUUUAGAAGACAUUAAAAGGUGGUUAAUUCAAGAGUAUGAGCAAUCGAAGAACGGAUUUGGAAGAGCUGCCGCUACAAACCUUUGGAGUCUACGAGAGAAGAUCGUCGAAGAAUCUCAAGGGACCCUUGCGGGUGGUGCGAUUAUGCAUCUUGGGAGUUGUGGUUCCAACCCUUAUAUUGGGAGUUCCUCUUUAUUUGAGAUACAAUGUUUACGGCGCUCAGCUUUAUCCAUUGGCCAUGUCCGAUAUGCGGAUGAUAGAUAAUAGAGUGUCCACGACAUGGUGCCAGAAGCAACGUGUUAGAACCAACACCACUUUCAAUGCGUUUCUGCUGGCGGAUUCUCCGAAACUUUCGAACAGCCUCAGAACGCUUUCGAUGGUCAGACAUCUGGUUCUGGAAGACGAUGUGAAGGAAUAUUGGGGCUUCUAUCUUCUGAAGGGAUCUUCUGUGACUGUGAACACCUGCGUGAGGUGGCCUGGAGCUUCUUUAAUAGUAAUCCGCGGUCACAGACAUCUGCACGAAUGCGCCUACAUCGGCGACGAUUCUUCGGAAGAACUGGAUGAACUGAUGGAAGCGAUCAAGGAAGGAAAAUAUGUGGGCAACACCCAGGAUCUUCAGAAGCCGGUCUCGAAUGAAUCGAUCACCAAUGAUCCGGAGCUGAUGAAGCGCCAUAGAUCGGAUGUGGAGUUUCACAGCCCUCACCAUGCCAUCAAUAAGGACAAUCACACCCUGAAAGACAAUGUGGAUAUUUCCGAUCUGAACGACUCAAAAGUCCUGAAGUCCAUCCUGGAGGCGCUCAAGCUGAAGAAGAACAAAAAGGGCCAGAAGGACCAUCCGCACUUUAAAAGAAACUCCACCAUUGCCAAAAACGAGACCGGGAACUUCAACAUCUACUCACCCGGUAAAAAUUCCUGUACACCAAUAGAGUUUUUUCAAAUAAAACUUCCAUUUAGGAAUGUUUCCUGGGCUUUGAAUGCCACGAUAGCUCAAAGCUACGACACAUUUUGGAUAGGAGUGGAAUCCCGGCCGGUGGAGAUAACGAAAAGAGGAGCCGACGAUCCACAAAUCGCCUUCCCCACACACACUCAUGAACCGACGCCGCCCAACUUUACGCCACCUCGAGUCCAAGCCACUUUGGAAAACAUCGAUCCUUUCUAUGUGGGCUGUUCGGUGGCGAAAUUGUGCUUUGGAUCACCAGCCAACUGUGUUGGAAACAAAAAUUGCAAAGCGGUAGGAAACAUUUUUUAG